AUGCAUAGAAAACCAGCUAAAAUAUUAUUACCUAUCGAGUCUGAUUCUAGCGCUAAUUUGAAAAGAGAAAAUGUUAUAGAUUUAGAUUUUAAAAAUAAAUCUGAUAGCGAUGUAACAAAUUCGGAAAAUUUGAAAUCAAUUGCGAAUGUGUCAUUAACAACAAAAAAUAGAUUCAAAGAAGUAAGAGAUAAAAAAGAAACAUUAAUGAAGAAAAGAUUAUUUUACCUUAGUCAGAAGAAAGUUUUUGAUGAUAAUAAUGAAAUCCUAUAUGACAAACUGAAAGACAAAGACACUAAGAUAAGCUCACUUUUGGUGAAAUUAAAAUCUAAAAAGGAAAGAAAGCGAUCAAACCAAAUACUUGUUGAGGGUUGGCGUUUGAUUGUCGAUGGUUUGGAAGCAAAAUGUAAUUUACAUUACAUAUUAUUUAGCCAAGUAGGGGAUCUGAAUAAUUUAAGGCCAUUUUUACCACAAACUGGAGUGCAGAUAUUUAAAAUUCCAUACAGAGAAAUGGAACUUUUUUCUGAUGUGGAAACUUGUCCUGGAAUUUUGGGUGUAUUUGAAAUGCCCACUCCAGAAAAUGUUAAAAGGUUAUCAAAACCACUACCACUUCAAUUCUUGUGUGAUAAUAUUAGGGUGCCAGGAAAUUUGGGUGCCAUUCUUCGAGCAGCUGUUGGAGUUGGUUGUGAAAAAGUCUUACUAAGCAAGGGAUGUGUUGAUAUGUGGGAUUCGAAAGUGAUCAGAAGUGCAGCAGGAGCUCACUUCAGAUUGCCUGUUUAUCAUUCGAUAGAUUGGGAGGAAAUACCUCAACAUUUGCCUGAAAAUACUUCACUUUUUAUAGCUGAUAGUAACACGAACUUAUCUGAAAAUGACCCUGCAGAACAUAAAUUAGAUGUUGGGUCAUGCUUACCUAUAUUGCCAUAUUAUGCAGUUGAUUUCGCCUCAUUAAAACAUGUAACACUCAUUAUAGGAGGAGAGACGGAAGGUAUAAGUGAAAUGAGCUAUAGGUUAGGAACAACAAAUAAUGGCUUACGGAUAAAUAUUCCUCUUCAAAGAGGUGUCGAUAGCUUAAACACGGGAAUGGCAGCAGCAGUUAUUGCAUUUGAAAUUCGAAAACAGUUGAUUCAGGCUGCAACAAAAGCAAAGUUAGACAGAUGUGUAUUUGAAAUGCCCACUCCAGAAAAUGUUAAAAGGUUAUCAAAACCGCUACCACUUCAAUUCUUGUGUGAUAAUAUUAGGGUGCCAGGAAAUUUGGGUGCCAUUCUUCGAGCAGCUGUUGGAGUUGGUUGUGAAAAAGUCUUACUAAGCAAGGGAUGUGUUGAUAUGUGGGAUUCGAAAGUGAUCAGAAGUGCAGCAGGAGCUCACUUCAGAUUGCCUGUUUAUCCUUCGAUAGAUUGGGAGGAAAUACCUCAACAUUUGCCUAAAAAUACUUCACUUUUUAUAGCUGAUAGUAACACGAACUUAUCUGAAAAUGACCCUGCAGAACAUAAAUUAGAUGUUGGGUCAUGCUUACCUAUAUUGCCAUAUUAUGCAGUUGAUUUCGCCUCAUUAAAACAUGUAACACUCAUUAUAGGAGGAGAGACGGAAGGUAUAAGUGAAAUGAGCUAUAGGUUAGGAACAACAAAUAAUGGCUUACGGAUAAAUAUUCCUCUUCAAAGAGGUGUCGAUAGCUUAAACACGGGAAUGGCAGCAGCAGUUAUUGCAUUUGAAAUUCGAAAACAGUUGAUUCAGGCUGCAACAAAAGCAAAGUUAGACAGAUGUAAUUAA